GAUGCAUAACUAAAAUGGCAGGCAAGAGGGAGGAGGAUAAAUUGGGCAGGCGGGGCCUGUCAGCACAAAAUAAGAUCCCGUAACUGUUACAGCAGUGGGGGAGGUGCGAUAAUAAAUAUAUUUUAGCAAUACGUAAUUUAGUUUUAAUGUGUGUGGGAGGACACGGUACAACAAUAGCAGUAUUCAUCUUUAACACGUGGAGAGCAGGUGCCCACGCCUGGCAAGGUGAAGCGGCUCGUUUGUUACGGCGUUCCUUUAUACUAGUACCCACCAUGGUACGUGUACAGACACAGCCGCACAGUCUGUUUGUUUAUUAGAACAAGGCUCCAGCUGGCUCCCCACGGACACAAUGGCGCUACCUGCCGGUUUGGCUUUGCAAUUGUCAAUUCUCGCAAUAAAAACUACAGUCCCCAGCAUGCACCACGACGGUGGCUGGGAGGUGGAGAGGAUUGUGUGUUUGGACUGCCUGGAACAGCUGACAGCCUGUGUAAGGUGAAUGGGCUCCAUUACUCUUGGGAGAAGGGGGCCACAAGCAAAUGGUUAAACGCUGGAUUCGAGCAGGUGAUGGGGAAGCCGCCUUGUGAGGAGGGAUGGAGAGAGGAUGAUGGAGAUCGAGCUGCUUUGACACAGGCUAGUAGAGCUCUGUGUAAUACAUGCAAACAACCUGUGUAUAUAUACAAGCUGCAUUCCCUGACAUAGGAACUCUAACGCUAUGAGAAAUGAGCAGCCCAAAGGAAAGUGUGGCCAACCAUACCUCUGGUGUGAAUGGGAGAGUUCCCUCCCACAGAUAUUUCUGACUGCUGAAGUACCUGCUCCUUUCACACAACGGAAGCCAGGAAAGUCACCUAUCAUAAAAGCAUUCCUUCCAAGGGAGUAUUUAAGCUUUCUGAAGGUCAAUACACUGAAGAGUUUAGGCCUGGAAAUAACUUGAUCUGUACUAUUUUUUUUAAUGUGACAUUUGAAACAAAACAUUUUUUGUUACUUUAAUGGAGGCAAAGGUUCUAUUUGGAGAAGGCAUAGGUAGGGACUAGUGAUGGGGAAAAUUGCCAGACAGGUUAAGAUCCGUUCUAUGGAUGGGUGGACCUGGACGUUUUUAGAAUCCUUCUCAACCAUCUUUAAUUACUCCUACAAUACAGUACCUAAAAUAACCAUAAUGUGACAUUUUGUAGUACUACUUGUUCUUCUAAAUUAUAAUGAUGGAUGGACUUCCGAAAAAUGAGGCCUUUCUAUGGCAGAGCUCAAAAGACAAUAAAGAAAAUGGGGUGUGGAGUGAUGUGCAGAGUUAUGGGGUCUCCAAUCCAUUAUGGAUGGCAGUUUUCGAUUAUGAAGCAACAGCAGAAGAGGAAUUAACCUUACGGAGGGGAGACUUGGUUGAGAUACUCUCAAAGGACUCUACUGUUUCUGGUGAUGAGGGUUGGUGGACAGGAAAAAUUAAAGACAAGGUGGGCAUAUUUCCAAGUAAUUAUGUGGUGAGUGACGAUAAAUACACUACCCUAACAGGAGCCCCAAAGCAAUGCCCUCUCCCACUAGAAAUCGAGUUUGAAGAGCUGAACCUGGAUGAAAUCAUUGGGGUGGGAGGAUUUGGGAAGGUCUAUAAGGGAUUAUGGAGAGAUGAAGAGGUUGCAGUUAAAGCUGUCCGUCAUGACCCAGAUGAAGAUAUCAACGUGACUGCUGAGAAUGUGCGACAGGAAGCCAAGCUCUUCUGUAUGUUGUGCCACCCCAACAUCAUAGCCCUGACAGGGGUGUGCCUAAAACCGCCUCAUCUUUGUCUGGUUAUGGAGUAUGCCAGAGGUGGACCAUUACACAGAGCCCUGGCUGGGAAGAAGGUUCCAGCUCAUGUAUUGGUAAACUGGGCAGUGCAGAUAGCCAAAGGCAUGACCUAUCUCCACAAUGAAGCCAUUGUUCCUAUUAUACACAGGGAUCUAAAAUCCAGCAACAUCUUAAUACUAGAGAAAGCAGAGAAUGAUGACUUGUUUAACAAGACACUGAAAAUCACAGAUUUUGGGCUGGCCAGGGAGUGGCAGAAGACAACGAAGAUGAGCGCAGCUGGUACCUAUGCUUGGAUGGCCCCAGAAGUUAUCCGCUUAUCUCUCUUUUCUAAGAGCAGUGAUGUGUGGAGUUUUGGGGUUCUGCUCUGGGAGCUUCUAACAGGAGAGGUGCCAUAUCGGGAGAUAGAUGCUCUUGCUGUAGCAUAUGGUGUGGCCAUGAACAAGCUUACCUUACCUAUCCCAUCGACUUGUCCUGAGCCUUUUGUACGGAUCCUUGAAGCAUGUUGGGAUCCGGACCCUCACAGCAGACCUACAUUUUCUUGUAUUCUGGAACAACUGACAACUAUAGAACAGUCAGCCAUGUUUCAAAUGCCCUUGGAGUCCUUCCAUUCUCUUCAGGAAGACUGGAGGCUGGAAAUCCAGCAGAUGUUUGAUGAAUUGAGGACCAAAGAAAAGGAGCUGCGCAGCCGAGAGGAGGAGCUUGUGAGAGCAGCUGAGGAACAGAGGAUUUUGGAGGAUCUGCUGAAGAGGAGAGAGCAAGAGUUGGCUGAGAGGGAAAUUGACAUUGUUGAGCGAGAGCUGAACAUAAUUAUGUAUCAGAUGUACCAAGAAAAGCCAAAGGUGAAAAAACGCAAGGGCAAUUUCAAGAAAAGCCGCCUAAAACUUAAGGAUGGCAACCGGAUCAGCUUGCCUUCAGGUUUCGAACAUAAGAUUACAGUCCAGGCAUCUCCAAUGUUGGACAAAUGUAAGGGGCAGGGGACAAGCAGCUAUAGCCCACCUGGGAGUCCACUAAUAAUUCCGAGGCUGAGAGCCAUUAGAUUAACACCUGUUGAUGGCAGUAAGACAUGGGGGCGCAGUUCUGUACUAAAGAAAGAAGAGGUAACAACAUCAAAUAAGAAGAAAGGCAGGACUUGGGGACCUAGCUCGACACAGCAGAAAGAACGAGUAGGGGGAGAAGAAAGGCUGAAGACUCUUGGAGAAGGCAAUAAGCAGUGGUCAAGCAGUGCUCCCAACCUGGGCAAAUCUCCUAAGCAUACUCCCAUCAGUGUGGGGUUUGCAAGCCUCACUGAAAUGGAGGAAUAUGCUGAUUCUGAUGGCUCCGUCCCACAGUCUCCCUACUCACAGUCCUACCUCACACUGCCUGUCCAAUCAGACCAUAGAAGUCAUCCAGAGGACACAGCGCAUGCUGGUGCACCCUCAUCAGACAGCCCCAAACGUGGUUCGCAGUCCCGUCGGAAAAGUGAACUUGUGUUACUGGGGUGUGCGUCUCUCUUAGCUGCUGUUGCUUUGGGCAGUGACUUAUCAGAGCUGGUGCCUCAGGAAGAGAAAAGAAAGGGUAUAUUCCAAUGGGCAGGGAGAGGUCCCAGGCGACGUGCUAGUUCUCCAAGUCGCUCUAUGUCCUAUGGUGAAGACUCUGUCAUUCCAUCCAGCUCAGUUACACUCAUUUCCUUGUCUUCCAUCUCAGACUGCAAUUCCACAAGGUCUCUGAUUCGAUCAGAUAGUGAUGACAUCGGACUGGACCAUGAUAACGUGUCUAGUGGGAGGGGGGUAAAAGAGGACCGAGGACAGCAACCAAAUGUUGGCAGCAACCCUCUGGUAGAUUAUAAGGUUGAAAGUUUUAAGAGAGAUCCAAAGCAGUCUCUGACUCCCACCCAUGUGACAGUAGGAAGAAAUAACACAACUGAAACCAGAGGACACAGGAGAACCCCUUCCGAUGGAGCCAUAAGGCAAGUGACACAGGGUCAUAAACGCUCUCCAUCUGACGGAAGCACCCCUUAUCAAUGUGAACCAGAACCAUCACCUUUCCCUCGCCUCCCUGAUCCCCAUUUUGUGUUCCCUCCUCCAGUCCGACGUAAGGACACAGGAGUAGAAAGGCCAACAUCUCUAGAAUUUGCUCCCAGGCCUCGUCCGUCUUCAAACCGACCUCGAAUGGAUCCCUGGAAGUUUGUUUCUCUUUCACAAACUCAUAGCUCGUCCCCCUCUAGUGGUGGGGGUGAUGCAUGCUCCAGUGGAUCAGCAGAGGGAGCUCAAGUGGCUGAUGUAGAGGAGACACUGCUUGAUAUGGAGGUGGAAGGACAAAGACUAGACAGCACAGUACCUUUGUGCGGACUGGGUUUAAGACCAACAACUGACCCUUUUUUAAAUAUGGGAACAGACGUGUCUUAAUGAAAGAAUUAAGUAUUUCGCUUCUGCAGCAUAAAGUUGAAAGUGGGGUGCUUUUAUGAAUGUGUUUUGUGGUUGUAACACAACUAUAAAAAAAAUAUCUUAAGUAAUUAUAAGGGGUAAACCCACUUUACUGCUGUAAUGAAAAAAAUCCUGAAGCAAAACAAGGAGAGUGCUGGGAUGUAGACUUGUUAUACCUCACAGUGUCAGCUUUGGGGAGUAUGUAAAAGCUUUUUUCUCCUGUGGCAACUAGAAUUUAAAGGACCACGUGAAAGCCCUUCUAACACAAGUUUAUUAAGGUACAGUGAUCUGGUCUUUUAGAUAGCAGCAAGCAACCAAUAAGAGAGCGAGAAAUGAGUGUUUCUGUAACUAACAGGGGCGAUGUAAAAUAAUACAGGGGUAUCCCUGAAACUGGGUUAGUUGCAGACUGUAAUGCAGUCAGAAUUACAGGGGUGAGUACAAAUAUAUUACUAAAUAUAUUCCACACUGCAGCCUACCUCAUCCUGGUAGUGCUAUAUGAAGGAACCAUGAACAGGCAGCUAUACAAGUAAAGCAAGACUGCAUGACUGCUAUAGUCUUAUUUAUUUUACUUCUUUGCACAUGGAAGGGUAAUGCUUUCAGCAACUGGGUUUGGUGUCCAAGCAGAUCUCUGGUCUUUUUCAGUUGAAACUCAGUCUCUGUUGGGUUAGAUAUAGCCAUUUAUCUGAGCCUGUCUUAUACUACUGCUGUCAAGUGCCCAUCUUCUGUUAAACUGAAAGAGGGUGGGAUUGGUAACUGGAAAAUGUGUCUCUUGUGUAUUUAAAUUAAACCAAUAAACAUGGGAUGGGACAGAAA